GGCUGAACCGCUGAUGUGUGUGUGCCUCGGAUGGUGGCUACAUCAAUUUUUUUUUUUCACUUGCCCGUUAAAUGUAACACUUCUGCCCACAGAUCGUGAUGCUCACGAGCCUUCCACGAAUGUCCAACAACCCAAACAUCCGUGAAAUGAUCCAUGGGCUGCCCUAUGUAAAGAUUAACAAGACAGUAUUCGAAAUAGGUAAAGAUGGAGUUGGAGGUUUUACUAUCGGUGAAAUAGGGCUGCCCCCCUUAGCGAAGGAACUGUAUAAUGUGCCAGCUGUUAAGGAGCUGUAUGAAAAAAGGAAAGACUUUGACCUCAUCGUUAUCGACCACUUAUUUAACGAGCUCGCGUACCCCUUCGUGCACGAGGUUCCGUUCAUCACCGUCGCCACUCCCGGGAUGGAUCCCCGCCAGAGUGCCGUCCUGGGCAACGUACUCAACCCGGCCUACGUCCCGAACAUUGUGGCUGCCUUGCCCUUGCCCAUGGCCAUGUGGCACCGGCUAAAAAACACUGUCAUGCAUGUAGUCGUAUCUUUUUACUGGAGGAACUGGGCCGUUGUUCCGUUGGUGCAAAUGGAGAUCUCAGCCCAGUUCCCGGAUCUGCCGCCGCUGCUGGAGAUCGAAAAGAACCAAAGUCUGUCAUUGCUGAACACUCACUUCAGCAUUUCCACCACGGUGCCUCUGCUGCCCUCACAGGUGGAGGUGGGCGCCAUGCACUGCCGCCCGGCAAAACCCUUGCCGGAGGACCUAGAGUCAUGGAUUUCAGACGCGGGCGCAGAGGGCGUCAUCUACUUCAGUCUGGGCUCCGUCGUUCAAGCUGAAACCAUGCCGCAGGAGUACCUCCAAGCUUUCCUUGAAGCCUUCCGCAGACUGCCGCAGCGCGUCCUCUGGAAGUACGAAGGAAAGGUGGAGGGUGCGUCUGGUAACGUUAGGGUCAGCAGUUGGUUUCCACAGCAGGACAUCCUCGCUCAUGACAACGUGAAAGUGUUCAUCUCUCACGGCGGCCUGAACAGCAUGCAGGAGUCCAUCUUCCACGCCACACCCCUCCUUGUCCUCCCCGUCUUCACUGACCAACCAACGCAAGCCGUGUUUGUGGAAAGCUCGGGUCUGGGUCACAUGCUGGAGUGGGAGGAACUUACUGCCGAUAGGAUUGUCAACGCCCUCACUGAUAUUAUAAACGAACCAAAGUACAAAGAGGCCGUGUCGGUGAUGUCGGCGUCCUUAAGGGAUCAGCUGACUACGCCGCAGGAGCGCGCCGUCUUCUGGACGGAAUACGUGAUCCGCCACCGAGGGGCGCCGCAGCUGAGGUGCCCGGCCACCCAGCUGUCCUGGGUGGAGUUCCUGCUGCUGGACGUGGUGGGCCUCCUGCUGAUGGCCCUACUGCUGCUGCUGCUGCUCCUGCGUCGCUUCUCUUGGGCAGUGUUUGCCUUAGUCUUUACUGACCGUGUCAAGAAAAAGAAGGAGUGACGCGAGACAAAGUGAAACUUGUUUGUAAGUGAUGGUUUAUAACAACCGCAUGUUGUAUAGAUACAGAACGGGAAAGACCAAUGAACUACCUUGAUUUAUCGUACUUUUCACACUGUAACUUUGUAUGUGAACCUGUUGUUAACCACCGCUGUCAGUUGAUAAGCAUCCAUAGGUUUAUUUCGUUACACUUGUGUGUCAACAUUGACGGAUGUCCGUGUUGUGCUAUUUUCCUUAGGAAUAAAUUAUUCCCAGGUUUUGUAAUGAGUAAAAUGUCUUUCAUUGGAGACUAUAGCAACUGUAUUUAAACAGAGACCCGUUGUAUG